CCGUGUCGGAGGCGCUGCGUGCGGGUGUCGGCGGGACUUUGUCGGCAGAGCGAGCGAGCGAUCGCGGGAAGAUGUCCGGGCGCGGGAAGCAGGGCGGCAAGGCGCGCGCCAAGGCCAAGUCGCGCUCGUCGCGCGCCGGGCUGCAGUUCCCCGUGGGCCGCGUGCACCGGCUGCUGCGCAAGGGCAACUACGCGGAGCGCGUGGGCGCCGGCGCGCCGGUGUACCUGGCGGCCGUGCUGGAGUACCUGACGGCCGAGAUCCUGGAGCUGGCGGGCAACGCGGCCCGCGACAACAAGAAGACGCGCAUCAUCCCCCGCCACCUGCAGCUCGCCAUCCGCAACGACGAGGAGCUCAACAAGCUGCUGGGCAAGGUGACGAUCGCGCAGGGCGGCGUGCUGCCCAACAUCCAGGCCGUGCUGCUGCCCAAGAAGACCGACAGCCACAAGGCUAAAGCCAAGUGAGCGUCGAAGAACAAAGGCUUCGAAAUUUAACUAAGAGAAACCCAAAGGCUCUUUUCAGAGCCA